AAUACCAUUGACCAUGAAGUGUAGUAAAUAAAUUCUCCCACCCAGUUGUUUUGACUAUAAAGAAAAUUGUUCGGGUAACCGUUUUAGCAUUUUUGUUAAUUCUGGAACUUCUAACAUUAACAUCAAAAUCAUGACCUGGCGUAAUUUUUAAAAAUAACUGGCGCGGUACUUCUGUUUUUAAUUAAUCAAUUUUUUACCUACAUAUGUGAAUGGACUGGUGUAAUGGUUGCGGAAUGUGUUAUCAAUCGUCGAUUUUUACUGUUUGUGGUAAUAACGUGUGUAUCCAGCGCUUCCAUUAAAAAAACGGAUCAAACAAUAUGUAGUCCGGUGCCCGAAAUGGUACUGUCGACGGUGUUAGGGACGGCAUUCAAUCCAAGGUAUAUGAGCAUGCACAAACCGGUACCAAGUUCCAAUCAGACCGACGCAGAGCAAGGCAAAAGGGAGGGAUCUGGUCCUGAAUCUUUUUACGUUGAUGAAAAUUUUGCGAAACCUCUCGACGAAGAACCUAGAUGGCCGUGGGAUGUGCUCAAAAGGAAAAAGAGAUCAACGCAAAUGUGGCAGUGCGAAACAAGAGUCCGGUGGUUGGAUUUGGGGAUGGACUACUAUCCUCGGUAUUUGAAAUCUGUCGAAUGUGAGUCUAAAGUGUGUUGGUUUGGUCGGUAUAAAUGCAAACGAAAGUCCUUCGCCAUAAAAGUUCUUCGACGUAAAACGGAUAGGUGUAUGGUGGCCAAAGUUGGUACGAGUAUUGGUCUUGAAGGCUUACCUCUCGAUUUACGUGAGAUGUGGAUUUGGGAAGAAAGAGCUUUGAGUUUUUGCUGUGAAUGCGCGUUGUAGUAUAGACGUAGGUACUUUGCAACUAGUGUUACUUAUACAGGUAUACAGUUAAUCGAUUUACCUGCUCAUACCUGCUUGUAAGCCAUUUAUUGUUCAAAAGUCAUGAAAUUUGGUGAAUGUAUAUAAUGUAAUACCUAUACAGUCUAGACAAAAAGUGCAAUGGUCAUUCACUUCUUGUUC